GGAGUGCGGGACCCGCCCGACCUACAUAAUUUGAUUCAAGUCUCUCCGUUCCGCACGCCAUUAGAGAGCUUGCUGCAAGAUAGCGAGCCGCCAUUAAUACCGUCCGACUCGCCCAACGAACGAGUCAAUUACUGAGUCAGGGAGGUUGCAAAAUAAAGGCUAACCUUUUCGAAAGACUUGUUGUUUGUUCAGCUUUCCUCCUCACUUGUCGGGGAAGCACAAAUUCAGCUACCUUCCCCCUCCCUCCUUACUGUCAGCAUUUUUCCCUGAAGACAGCAAGUAUGCCUGACAAAAUAACUGCGGAGGACAUUCUAACAAACCUAGUUGAAACCUUUGGUGAAAACAUCCCAAAACAUAAAUCUGGGUCAUUCUUUGAAGAAGAGAGAGACAAAGCCACAGCUCAAUUCAACAAAUUGUUUGGACGCCAGAAGCCAAUUCAUCAUGUCUUGGGUGGUGGCAAAUCUGCUGAUGUUCUGUUAUGGAGGAACAAGAAGAUAUCUGCUAGUGUUUUAGGUUCUGCAACUGCCAUGUGGGUGCUUUUUGAGUGGCUAAAUUACCAUUUCUUGACUCUCCUGUGCUUGGCUCUAGUCCUUGGUAUGCUUGUUCAGUUCUUGUGGAGGAAUGUUUCGGGACUAUUGAACCAGUCAUCAUCCAAGGUUCCCCGACUUGUUUUACCUGAGGAGUUGUUUGUCAGCAUUGGCAAAUCUGUUGGUGCAGAGGUUAAUCGUGCGCUACUUCUGCUUCAGAAUGUGUCAUGCGGUGGGAACUUGAAACAUUUUCUUGUGGCUGUUGGGAGCUUGUGGGUUGCUGCUGUGAUUGGAAGCUGGUUCAACUUUGUGACUGUGCUGUAUAUAGGUUUUGUUGGAGCUCACACAUUGCCGGUCCUAUAUGAGAAGUACGAGGAUCAGGUGGAUGACUUUGUGUACAAGGUAUUUGAACAGCUCCGAGGCCAUUACAGCAAGCUUGACAUGUCUCUCCUGAGCAAGAUACCCAAGGGAAAGCACAAGGGGAAGAAGGAUGAAUAGGGAAUCUGUAACUGUGUUUGUCUUGGGAGUUUGGACUAGGUUCAUAUGACGCGAGUUGCGACUUUAGUUUUAUUGGGGAAAAAAAAACUCUGCUUUAGUUGAAACUCCGUUAAAAAAAACUCUGCCUUAGUUGAAGGGGAAAAGGGUCUAAAAAUAGUCUGCUGAAGUUGUAAGUAUAUGUGGCCAGUACGCGUAUGUAUUGCUUCGAAAGGAAUUGCUGCCAGAAUAUCUGCUGUUAAAUCCAUAGUAUUCCCCAAUUAAUGAAGCGUCGUAUUUCUAUUUAAAGAUUAUGGAAUAAAUUUGACUGCUCAAUUUUUUGCUAUCAUUCUCCUUUUUUCAUUGGUUGUUUCUCAGAUAUUGCUAGGCUUGGAAGAGG